AUGGACAGUUUGACCGAGUUGCGAGCCCCUUCUGCCCACUUCGCGGCUCACCUGCUUGAUGUGGCCCUAUCCAAUCGGGCCUGCGACAGGGGCCUUUGUGAUGCAGCCCUCUCGCACACCCUUUUCACUCUGCAUGUGUACCAAUACAAGGUGGAAAAGAAUGGGAGCGAGGCAGAGGUGUCCGGAGGUCGCAGUCGGCUGCAGCUGCUGCAUUUGGGCUGUGGGCGUUACAGUCAGCACAGCAAGGAUCAGAAGGAGGAGGCUGAGCUGCCGCCGAAGGCCGCGCCCAAGAGUCUGUCCAUUUCUGGCAUCGCAAGCGUUCUGCUCGGCCUACUG